UCCAUGCCAAAACGCACACAUUACUAAGCAUCGUGUCUGAAUCUGCGCAACAGCCUCCCAGGAUCGUCAUCAUCACACAAUCAUCACCAUCAUCACCAUCAUCAUGUCAUCGCUCAGCAUCCGGAGCGGCUUGAUCUGCACGGCGGCCAUUUCAGCGGCUGUGAUGACAGCGUUUUGGCAGGCUGUGGACGGGAACGGGGCGUAUCUCCUACAUCCGACCGCUGUUCCGAACGGCGGCGACAUGUACUCGCAUGUUGACGAGGCGCUGUUUGUCUAUCACAAGCUCAAGCACUAUCACCACCAGCACCAGCAGCCAGAGCACGACGCGUUCGCAUCUGCAGCAGCGCAAGGAGGGUUUGGCUGGUGGUUCCCAUACGUCUCAACCGGGUACCCAAUGUUCCUGGCCUACCAGCCGCUGCCGAUCGUGUUUGUCGCGGGCAUGAUGUACUUGCUCGACGGCGUCAUGCCUCCGAUGGCGGUCUUCCGGUGCUGUUUUGCGGGAUUGUGGACGCUCGUUCCGUGGGCGUGGUUUGUUGGCGCGCGCUGGCUCGGACUGCUGCCGCUCGAAUCGUCCGUUCUGGCAGCGCUCUCGAUCGGACUCGCCAGCUGGAGGGCGUUCGGACUAGAAUUUACAAGCAUUUCGGCGUAUGGCUUGUACACGCAGGUCUACGCUGCCGUCCUGCUGCCGCUGGUCGUCGGAGCGCUGUUCCGCUUGAUUUGUGCGUCGUCGCUGCCAAUACCGCUUGCAACUCGAGCCAGUCAAGGUGUGCCAACGGAGCCCGCACGACCUGCGGCAUGGUCGCCAUCACGUUGGUGGCCAUCGUCUCCCUUGCUCGCUUUCGAAGCCCCAAAACCCAUCUCACCGGCCAUGACCGUCGUCUGCUUUACGCUCACGUGCCUGUGCCACGUAUUCUUCGGAAUGUUUGCUGGUAUUGCUAGCCUGACACUGGUGCUUGCUGCCUGCCUUGUCAAUCUUGCCGAGUCCCAGCACCGGACCUUGACAACCUUUCGAGCGGCGCUGUUGGCCCGAGUUGUCCCUUUGGCGCAAGUCUACGCCAUCGCAUUGGCGCUGCUCCUUUGGUGGCUUGUGCCCAUGGUUCUUAAGAUGCCUUAUGUUGGAGGACUGCCGUGGAAGGGAGAGAGCGAAAACGGCUACCCAAUCUCAACGCUGAUCGACAAAUUUUGGAGCGGGCAAAUGCUGGACUACAACACGCCUGUACCAGUGAUAACCUACGCCAGUGUUGCAGGGGUGGUUGUAUUGUCGAUCGAGACUGUUCAAGCCGUGCGCUCUGUCUUGAACCUGAAACUGGCGACAAGCGCGCAAACGGCCAGCAAACUGCAACUCGGCCUGUUCCUACUCUUCCAGCUUGCGAUUACAUGGGUGCUAUUUACUGGCCGGACAACCUUGGGCUGGCUGUUUACGUUGCUACCAUUCCAUGCGGAACUCGAGGUGAUUCGCUACUUGAGCGGCAUUCAGUACCUCUGCGCCGUGCUUGCUGCAGUCUCGAUUGCCGCCGGCAUUCGACUUGUCAGCCAGUGUCUCGUGGCUACGUUUUCUUGGAUUUUGUCUCUUGGUCGGAAGACGCAGCGGACGGGAGGAGAUCCAACGGCAACGCAACGGACAGCUUCGUUUCGCGCCACCCACGCUAUUCUACCUUUGGUCUUAUUUGCGCUCGUUGCAAUUCCUUUUGUCGGACUGCGACGCGAGGCUUUGCUGAGAGAACUAACCCUCGAGUACCCGGACUCGACCCUCUUGAACGAGACCUGCGAACUCGUCCGGCAAGUUGCGCCGAAUGGGAGAAUGUUGCUGCACAAGCGCCUUGGCACCGACCAAACGUUCAUGUACAACCACUUUCCUUUUCACUGCGACAUUCCUGGCUUGUUCACGUACUCGCGCGGCUAUCACGACUCGCUCUCGGUCUACCCGAUCGAGUAUUUGCAGCCAACACCGGACGACAUGCGGCUUUACAACAUUCGAGCGCUGGUUGCACGCACCUAUGCCAAGGAUGGUGCAGAUUUGUUUGCCCUGCUGGCUGGAAUGGACGAGCUUCCCGAAUCCAACCAGGCCUUCCACGUCUAUGCGCCGCGCGCGUCCUACGGCCACUUUGAAUCGGUUCGGACUGGCGGUUACGUGGCAGGGGAUUUCAAAGCUGCUCGUCCUUUGAUUGUCAACAGCAUUGUUCCCAUGUUCAAACAUGGGGUGGUCUUGGAGUUUGCGAGAACGUCGGCUGUCGUGCAACAGGUGCCUGCUCGUUCUUCCGGCGCCUCUUCGCCUCGAACCAAGCCAGAUGAUGUGCUCGCUGCGAUCGGCGCGGAUGUGGCGUUUCCUCUGCAAGAGCAGCGGUUGCUCGCCGAACGGCCGUUCCUUGCAGCAAACGCUUCGUUCUGGACGGUGCUUUCCGCUGCUGCGGAAGGGCAUGGCAGCACAGAUGGAUUGCUCCAUCCCUUUGUAGCAGACCUGAGUGAGUUUUACAGCCAGCAUCCUCCAGACGGGAUGCGCGUCCUCGACGAGCAUGUGCAUCUGUUGGAUGCGACGUACGCUGCCAUCGUGGAAGUGACAAGUGCUGCAGUGCGGCCCGUUUCAUCGCUAUUCCCUCCAGAUCACGUUCGCCUGAUGCUGAAAGUCACGUUUCACCCGUAUUGGAGCUGUCGUCUGGUUGCGACGCAGCUGGACGCCUUCUCGUCGAGCACCAGGAUUGCCGAGUUGCUACCAACCGAUGCUUGGCUGCACGUGCCCGUAAAGCACACCACUCCCAACAUGAUGGCGGUGGAUGUGCCGGCGGGCCGGUACUUGGUCGUGUUCCAAUACGAGAACCCGGCGUUUCAACAAGCUCUGGCAAUUCUUGCGCUCUGCUUGGCACUGCUCGGGCUACCAGCAUGGAUGAUGUUGAUUUGGAUUGGUCACCGUCGCUCCGAUGUGCUGACAAAGAAGAUUCAAUGAUCGAGAUGUUUGUAAUAAUCAAACUUUGAAUGGCAAACAAAAAAGUCAAG